ACUCCCCCACUUCCAUAUGCUCCAUUCCCCACUUUUAACCAAAAAGUCACACACAUCACAAAGAGAGUCUCACACACAUCUUUUUAUUUACAUCAAAGAACCAACCAACCUUCACACACACACAAACACUUUUAGUUCUUGAAGAAGCAUAUCUUUGAUCAAGCACUAUGGUGAAGCCAGAGAACAAGAUCCACACAGAGGCAUCAAAGCCAAUGAGACCAUCAUCAAGUGACACCAACAUCAACACCAAGAAGAAGUACAAGGGUGUGAGAAUGAGAAGCUGGGGGUCAUGGGUGUCAGAGAUUAGAGCACCAAACCAAAAAACAAGAAUAUGGUUAGGAUCUUACUCAACAGCAGAGGCAGCAGCAAGAGCCUAUGAUGCUGCACUUCUAUGCCUCAAAGGCUCUUCAGCCAACCUCAACUUCCCUUCAACUUCAUCACACUACAUCAACAUUCCUCAAGACACUGCCAUGUCCCCAAAAUCAAUUCAAAGAGUUGCUGCAGCUGCUGCUAAUAGUUUUGUUGACAAUGCUAAUGCAAAUGCUAUUCCUAUUCCUACCACCCCACCUUCUUCUCUUCCUGCUUCAACUUCUUCAUCCUCGUUGGUCUCAUCACCAUCAAUUGCAUCUUCAUCAUCAUCAUCAUCUCCCUCAGAACAAAUAGAUGAUGAUGUCUCACUUCUCUCACCGUUUUUUGGGGAUCAAGCAAAUGAAUCAAUGGCCAUGAUGGAACCUUGGUAUGGCUUGGAGGGGUUGCAAUCACCAAAGUAUGUUGAUCAAAUGCUGAAUGGGGCAUUCUUUGACAUUGAUUCAACACACUUGCUUGGUGAUCUGUAUGAAGAAAGUGACAUCCGUUUGUGGAGUUUCUGCUGAGAGAUUUUCAAGCCAACCCAUUAUUAUUUUUUUAUUUUUGCUCACAAAUUAAAUUCAUAUUCGUUUGUCAGGGGGUGUUACGUGAAGAUAUCAUCAAUCACUGACUGUGACCAAAUUAAAACUACUACUUAUUCUAGGGGAGAAAUUCAUAAAGGGGUGAUAAGACAAUUUUUGGUCUCUCUUUUGUGGAUUUCUGCAUCUGUAGUAUUGUUGAUGCAAUGCUUGUGAUCAUGUCGAUUAUAUUAAUAGUUUUCUAUGUAUUAUUAUGUAGUUUAUAAAUGAAACGGAAAAAAUAUAUAUAUGGUCUUCAUUGUCUUUGGUCUUCA